AUUUGCCUACUGGCUGGGAAGAAGCAUACACUUUUGAAGGUGCAAGAUACUAUAUAAACCAUAAUGAAAGGAAAGUGACCUGCAAACACCCAGUUACAGGACAGCCAUCGCAGGACAACUGUAUUUUUGUCGUAAAUGAACAGGCCGUUGCGACAAUGACAUCUGAAGAAAAGAAGGAACGGCCUGUAAGUAUGAUAAAUGAAGCUUCUAACCACAGCAUGACUUCGGAGUACGCUGUGCAUCCGAUGAGCCCCAUAGGACGAACUUCACGGUCUUCAAAAAAAGUACAUAAUUUUGGAAAGAGGUCAAAUUCAAUUAAACGGAACCCUAAUGCACCUGUGGUCAGACGAGGUUGGCUUUAUAAACAGGACAGUACUGGCAUGAGGCUGUGGAAGAAACGCUGGUUCGUGCUUUCUGACCUUUGCCUCUUUUAUUACAGAGAUGAGAAAGAAGAAGGUAUCCUGGGAAGCAUACUCUUACCUAGUUUUCAGAUAGCUCUGCUUACCUCUGAAGAUCACAUUAAUCGCAAAUACGCUUUCAAGGCAGCCCACCCAAACAUGCGGACCUAUUAUUUCUGCACUGAUACAGGAAAGGAAAUGGAGUUGUGGAUGAAAGCCAUGUUGGAUGCUGCCCUCGUACAGACAGAACCUGUGAAAAGAGUGGACAAGAUUACAUCUGAAAGUGCACCCACUAAAGAAACAAAUAACAUUCCCAACCAUAGAGUGCUAAUUAAACCAGAGGCCCAGAACAACCAAAGAAACAAGGAGAUAAGCAAACUUGAAGAAAAAAAAGCAUUAGAAGCUGAAAAAUAUGGAUUUCAGAAGGAUGGUCAAGAUAGACCUUUAACAAAAAUUAAUAGUGUAAAGUUGAAUUCUCUGCCAUCUGAAUAUGACGGUGGGCCCGCGUGCCCAGCUCAGAUGGCGCACUACCGGCCAGUCAACGUGAGCAGCUCGGAGCACAGAACCGUGAACGUCAGCCUGGCAGAUCUGAGAGGUGGAAAUCACCCCAGCACGGUGCCCCUGCACCCGGAGGCCGAGCGCGUCAUACAGAGAACGAACUCCAUGCAGCAGUUGGAACAGUGGAUUAAAACGCAGAAGGGGAGAAGUCGUGAAGAAGAAACUCGAGGAGUUAUUUCUUACCAGACAUUACCGAGAAAUAUGCCAAGCCACAGAGCCCAGGUUGUAGCCCGGUACCCAGAAGGCUACAGAACCCUCCCCAGGAACAGCAAGACCAGGCCGGAAAGCAUCUGCGGCCUGGCCCCUUCCGGCCACGACAAGGCGGGAGCGCCCGCGGCGGAAGAGAAGCGGAGGUCCGUGCGGGAUGACACCAUGUGGCAGCUGUACGAGUGGCAGCAGCGGCAGUUCUACAACAAGCAGAGCACCCUCCCGAGACACAGCUCCCUGAGCAGUCCUAAAGGCGCGGCUCCCAUCUCCGAUCAGACGAUGCACUCUAUUCCCACGUCGCCCUCGCACGGGUCCAUCGCCGCUUACCAGGGCUACUCCCCACAGCGGACGUACAGAUCCGAGGUGACCUCACCCAUCCAGAGAGGAGAUGUGACCAUAGACCGCAGACACAGGCCUCACUACCCUAAGCAUGUCUAUGUGCCUGACCGAAGGUCUGUCCCAGCUGGCCUGAGUUUACAGUCUCUUAGUCCGCAGAGCCUCCAAGGCAAACCGCCAGAGGAGCUUACGCUGCUGCUAAUAAAGCUGCGACGGCAGCAGGCGGAGCUGAGUAGUAUCCGGGAGCAUACGCUAGCACAGCUCAUGCAGCUCAAACUUGAGGCCCACAGCCCAAAGAAUGAAAUUCUUUCACAUCAUCUUCAAAGGAACACCAUAUAUUUGGAUCACCAGAUGAAAGAAAAUGAACCUAUUAUCACCAUGGUUCACACAAUGAUUGAGAACUCGGCGCUAAGACCACAACUGUACCAGCAAUUCUUAAGACAGAAGAACAAGAUAAGUCUCUACUGUCUGUCCCAAGAUGAAUGUAGAGGCACAUUAUACAAAUACAGACCCGAAGAAGUAGAUAUUGAUGCCAAGUUAAGCCGAUUAUGUGAACAAGAUAAAGUGGUACAUGCGCUGGAAGAGAAACUUCAGCAGCUCCACAAGGAAAAAUACACGCUUGAGCAAGCCCUGCUGUCCGCCAGCCAGGAGAUUGAGAUGCACGCGGACAGCCCCGCCGCCAUCCAGACCGUGGUGCUGCAGCGGGACGACCUGCAGAACGGGCUGCUGAGCACCUGCCGCGAGCUCUCUCGAGCCACCGCCGAGCUGGAGCGAGCGUGGCGCGAGUACGACAAGCUGGAGUACGACGUGACCGUGACCCGGAACCAGAUGCAGGAGCAGCUGGACCGCCUCGGCGAGGUGCAGAGCGAGGCGGCGGGCCUGGAGCGUGCACAGCUGCAGAAGGAGCUCUGGCGGAUCCAGGACGUGGUGGAGGGGCUCAGCCAGCACAAGCAGCUGCGGGGCACGGCCGAGGCCGGAGUGCCAGGAUCAAAACCUUUCACAACAGUUAAGUACAAAAAUGAGGAAGAGGAAGUAGCCCCACCUCGUCCUCCACUUCCUCGGUCCUAUGACUGUACAGAGCAGCCUCCCAUAGCCCCCCCUCUGCCCAGUGACAGCAGCUCCUUGCUCUGUUAUAGCAGGGGCCCCGUGCAUCUGCCAGAAGACCAGAAGCCUCGCCAGGUGCAAGGGCACCCGAGAAAUGGAGCUCACUGUGGUCCAGAUUACAGACUCUACAAGAGUGAGCCCGAGCUAACAACCGUGGCAGAAGUUGAUGAGUCAAAUGGGGAAGAAAAAUCUGAACCUGUGUCAGAGAUGGAAAGUCCAGCUGUUAAAGGCUCCCACUUUCCAGUUGGUGUCGUCCCUCCCAGAACAAAGUCACCAACGCCCGAGUCCUCAACAAUAGCCUCGUACGUGACCUUGCGGAAAACCAAGAAGAUGCUGGACCUCAGAACGGAGCGGCCGCGGAGCGCGGUGGAGCAGCUGUGCCUGGCGGAGAGCGGCCGGCCGCGGAUGCCGGUGGAGGAGCAGCUGGAGCGCAUCCGGCGCCACCAGCAGGCCUGCCUGCGGGAGAGGAAGCGGGCGCUCGCAGUCCCCAUCGCCAUCGCCGGGGCCACCGACCCGGGCUCCGCGCAGAGCCCUUCGAGCGCCAGGGAGACCCCAGGCAGGGCCCCGCAGAGCCAGAGGGACGGCGUGAAGGAGCUGGACACUGUGGGUAGAGAAAAUGACAUAAAAGCAAGCUACGACGUUCCUGUUGUGGACACCGUCCAACUAAAAGAAGCUGAGCCCCAAAAUACGGAUCAUAGCCAAGAGUGUAAAAGAACCGAAAGUGUAUUUAGUGAAACGGUGUCCACACCUGAGCCAAAUGGAGUGAGUUCUGAGGAGGUGGUGGAUGAAGACAGUAACAAAGGGAAGAUACCCAGGGAUGUAGCACACAGCCCCGAAGGUGAGACGCAGAUCCCCAACCAUAAACCGGAAGGCCAUUGUGAGGAGGACACCAAGGACAGCGUUCAGCAGGAGGAGGAAACUGUCACUUCCCAGGAGUCGACGCCCGUGAUUUCCAGAGAAAACCAAACACCUGCGGUGAGAAGUCUGCCCCCGUCUCCCGAGUCCUCGGCGUCGCCGGUGCCAUCUGCCCAGCCGCAGCUGACGGAAGGCUCGCACUUCAUGUGUGUGUAGCUCCGAACUACGCUGACUUCUGUUGAAACCGCUCACAGACCUUCAGCAGUGUAAGAAGAUAUUGUACAGUAUAUUUUAAAUCUAUGAAAUUCAUAGUUCUGAUGCUUUUGAUCCCAGAGCAUCGUUUUAUCACUUCUGGAAAAUGUUCAUUCCAGAGCAGCUUUCAGGCCACACGCACACUCCGCCCCGGUCGCCGUCCCCCGCCAGCUUGCCGCGCUCCCGAGCCCGUAGGUAACGGUGCUGUUCUCGUGCAGGCUCCGCCGGAGCUCUCUCAGUUGCUGAUCUCCAGAUUCGAUGUUUCUGAAGUCUAGGUGAAUUUAUAUUUCCUUUUGCUUUUUGGUACAUAAAGUUAGUUAUUAUUUCCAAUGAAGUUUGUUUUUCCCUUUUUUUUUUUCCUGUCCCAUUUUGGCUACUGCAGUGCUUUAUUUCACUCUUGAUUUGUAAAAAUUUUAUAUAUAUAUAUAUUUAAAAUGUGCCAUUUUCUUACUGCCAGGUGAAGUACGUCCCUUUUUCUGCGCUAAUUCUUUCCCAGAUUGCAGUGUCAGCAGUUACUGCCGCUCGUCAGCUUGCACACAAAUGUCAUCACUUCCCUUUCCCUGAAAAGCAGUUACCAGUGUAGGUAUCUUGGAGUACUGGACUUACACUUCAUUGGAAUAGAGUGUACAGCAAUAAGCAGGUCUUCAAACCCUCCGGUACUUAGUGUGUGUACAAAUGUAAUUAUGUUCAUUGUGUAUAUACUAUACAAUGAGCACAUGUAAUGUAUUAAAGGCUACUUCCUAUUGUUUAAAUGCAAAUGUUCAUAUCUCAUUUCUUUUUUAUCAUGUUAAAUAAAUGUUGAUGUUCUUAGA